GUCUGUGCACCACAUUCCCUCUCCUUCCAGCAAAAAGAAUCUCUCCUCUGCAGCCCAGCAAUGGCGUCCUUCAGCAGCCGUAGUUUUAUGUCUUCUGGUGGGGGCUUAGGUGGAAGCAUUCGGGGUGCUUCUCUAGGAGGCAUGUCUCGGUCAUCCGGGAUGUUCAGUGGAGCCGGUGGCCGCAUAAGCGCCAUGCGCUCUGGCAGUGUGUAUGGGGGUGCAGGAGGCCAUGGUGUCCGUAUCUCCACUGCAGCUGGUGGUGGCGGUGGAGCAGGCUUUGGCUUUGGCGCUGGAAGUGGUGGUGGAGCAGGAUUUGGCUUUGGUGCUGGCUCUGGAGGAGGCUUCGGAGGAGGCGAUAUGGACCUCAACGUGACCGUCAAUGAAAAAGCAACCAUGCAGAACCUGAACGACCGCCUGGCAUCUUACCUGGAGAAGGUGCGCUCACUGGAGAAGGCCAACGCAGAUCUCGAGCUUAAGAUCAGACAGUUUCUGGAGAACAAAACCUCACCUUCUGCGAGAGAUUACUCUGCCUACCAGGCCACAAUCAGCGACCUGCAGGAUAAGAUCCAAGAUGCCACUCGUGUUAAUGGAGGAGUCUACCUGGCCAUCGAUAAUGCAAAAUUGGCUGCUGAUGACUUCAAGACCAAGUAUGAGAAUGAGUUGGCCAUGCGUCAAUCUGUGGAAGCAGAUAUUGCUGGGCUGAAGAGACUCCUUGAUGAGUUGACAUUGGCAAGAUCUGACCUGGAGAUGCAGAUUGAAGGCUUAAAGGAGGAACUUAUCUUCCUCAAGAAGAACCAUGAGGAGGAACUGGCAGCCAUGCGCAGUCAGAUGACUGGUUCAGUGAAUGUAGAGGUGGACGCAGCUCCUCAGGAGGAUCUGAACCGUGUGAUGAGUGAGAUCCGUGAGCAGUACGAGGCAGUUGCUGCCAAAAACCGACGUGAACUAGAGACCUGGUUCCAAACUAAGUCAGAGACACUGACUAAGGAGGUUGCGGCCAGUACAGAGACCCUCCAAGUGUCCAAGACUGAAAUCACUGACCUUAGACACACCCUUCAAGGCCUGGAGAUCGAGUUACAAUCUGAACUCAGUAGAAAAGCAGGGCUUGAGGGAACUCUUGCGGACACAGAAGCACGAUACUCCAUGAAGCUGGGUCAACUACAGGCUCAGGUUACAAGUCUGGAGGAGCAGAUCGUUCAGCUCAGAGCCGACAUAGACAGACAAUCUCAUGAAUACAAAAUGCUGUUGGACAUCAAGACCCGGCUGGAGAUGGAGAUCGCAGAGUAUAGGAGACUGCUGGAUGGAGAAGCAAGCAGGUAGGAAGUGUUGGAAGAAGCAUAGUGAUACUGUAGAACGAGUGUGUGUGUGUGUGUGUGUGUGUGUGUGUGUGUUUCUGAUUGGGUUUUGCCAUUUCUGAAGAACAUAUAUAAACAUUUUCUCUUUUUUGUCAGCAUUACCACUACUAGUGGAGGAGGAGGAGGAGUGAGCUCUACCACUACCGUCAAGGUGAAGACCAUUGUGAAAGAAACUGUUGGUGGGGAAGUGGUGUCAACUACUUCAAAAUAAACACCAACCUUCAUAAUACACUGCCCGUUUACACCUGUCACACCAGUCUUCAGGCCUUGUGGUCCACUGUUGUUGAAAAUAAAAUCAGUGAUGCCGCAAAA